GUAUCGCAAAAACUACGUACUGUCGACACCCAAUACUGUUGGCAACUUGAAAGAGUAAAAUUAAGAUAUCCAGCAUAUAUAAAAAGCUUAUUUUAGUAAAAUAAAAUCUCCCCCACCAUCUCAUUUGAUUCCCUCUUUAUUUCAUGGUAUUAUUAAAUUUCCCUUGCAUUGCAACUAAGAUUUUGUGGGUGAUUUUCUCCACAACUUGCAUUUUGUUUUUGUAGAUAGAAGCAGCUCCCCCAAAAGCAAAUGCCACCUUCCCACCAAUAUCCUUGGCCUAGCUUGCAUCUAUAUAUACAACUCCAUAAUCCAUAGCUUGUCUUCACCAAACAAACCAAGAGCUUCUCUUCUCAAGAAAAGCAGUCUAUCUCUCUCUCUCUCUCUCUACACGGGUGCUAGCUGCUACUCAAGGUCUCAUAAUGACUUGUCUUAGCUGUGAAAUAGAAAUUCUGCAGGCAAAGAACGUAGAAUUCAAGUCCCAUGGGAGCCUUUUUGUUAGAUACUAUCUCUCUACAGGAAACAACAAAAGAAUCCAACUGAACAGCCGAGAAAUCUCCGCAAAGGCCAACCUCUUUUGGAAUGAGUCCUUCUCAUUGGAGUGUUCAGGCACUGAAGACUCCAUCAACAACCUCAAGCAACAAACUGUAGUUUUCGAGCUCAGAUGGAGAAGCACAAAUCCAAUCCUUGGUAAAAUAGGGGGGUCACAACUCCUAGGCAGAGCUGAGGUUCCAUGGAAAACAGUUGUCGAGUCACCAAAGCUAGAAAUGGAAAGAUGGGUUACGAUGAUCCCAAAGAAGGGCAGCGUUCCUGAUGAUGUCAAGCCUCCUGCAGUGCAAAUAGCCAUGAGAGUUAGAGUUCCAGCAAUGGCAGAGAUGGAGGAGAAGAAAAGGAGAAAUGGGAGGUCGAAGAGGUGGGAUGAAUGUGGUUGUUGCAAGGAUAGUGGGUGCAGGUGUGAAGAUUAUGAUAUUUUUGUCCUCGUGGCUGCUCUGGAAGCACUAUAAACACCGAGGAUUGGCGAAUCAAGAACCCACUUGCUACUUUGGUUUGAAGAUUUCUUUUUGGCGUGUGGAAAUUUUGUAAAGGUAGUCAAUUAGUCAUGAGUGUGUACAUGCGCGAUCAAGAUUGAAAUUAAUUUACUGGACUCUUCAAAGCAAGGGUUUGUUUUCCAAA